AUGCCUACCGCUGUCGACAUGAAUGCCAAUACCAGACUUCACGUAGACGAGUUGAUCCUAGACUACCUGUGCUGGUUCUGCAUCGAAUCAGUACUCUCUGAGCGCAAACUGCGCCAAGAGGGCAAGGUGGGGAAGAGAGAAUGGGCAGACGCGUCAAAGUCCGCAGAAAUGGGUUUGAAAUUAGUCAAUUCAUUUUACCAAACCUUUACCCGCGCACAUCCGAAUAAUACACUCCCCGAUAGCAUUAACUUGCGUCUGCGAUUAUGCCGCUUCACAACUCUCUUCCUGCGCCGUCUCGAUGUAACUUCCCCUACGUUCUCGUCCAACGCGACACAAGGUGCAGCGCGCGCGCAAGCAUGGCUUUCCCGCCGCCGUAUCCCUCACGUCUUUGCCGGAAUUGACUCCACCGCCGAGGCAGCUUUCGAUGUGCCCAAGACCCCCUUCUCGGAAGAGAAGUCACACAAGAACCAGGAAGAAAUGUUGCGUCAAAUGGGCUACUACACGCUCCCUGCACCUGACCGUUCAAUGUGGGGCCAUGCUGCGCUGAAAGAUGUGCUCAAGGAGUUCAUGAUACUCAGUACCUGGAACUCAGCGAAUUUCGCAGAGGUCAGCCGGCUAUGGGUGGAGAAUGCGGCAAACUUCAUGUUGCAGGCAGUAUUGGAGGCAUAUAGAUGUCAUGGAGCGAGUGAAUUAGAUGCGGUGAAUGAGUGCUUUUCUUGGGGACGCACGGAAAUUGAUGCCACGACGGAGGACAUUGAAGAGGUUGUUAUCAACGAGAUGUUUUCAGGGGAUUCCGGGGAAAUUAGCGCAGAGUUCGAAGGGGUCAAGAAGGAGAUUCUCGUAGGCAUUCUUCCUCCUACUGGUUCUUCAUUGGAAGCGCAUUUCGACAAGCUGGCGGAACAGAACCCGUGGAGCAAGUUUGAGGAGGCUACGGUGGGCGGAUACCUCACUGCUGUUCUUUCAAAGCAACCAAAGCCAGUUCUCAACCAGCUGGAGAACGGGAAGCUCGCUGGCUUCAACAACGUCGACAUUGAAGAAAUCCUUGCCAAUGCCGGUGUCUCAUUAUGA